AUUGAAGACAGCCCGGCAAGUAGGAGCGCGGCCUUCCCGCACAACCGUAGACCGGGCGUCGGUGCGGGACACUAUGCGGAGCCCGCAGCUCCCGUUCCGGCGCGAGUUCUCGCGGGAGCCGCUGAAGGGAAGUCUGGUGUUUGUCAAGAUGGCCUGAUAUGAAGGAUUCACACCUUUCACCUCCCCAAGCUGUCCUGUCCUUCAAGUGCUGGAGUUGGUCGAAAUGUCAGGGAUGGAAGCCAGUGUGACUAUCCCAAUCUGGCAAAACAAGCCCCAUGGGGCUGCUCGAAGUGUAGUAAGAAGAAUUGGGACCAAUCUACCCCUGAAGCCAUGUGCCCGGGCAUCCUUUGAGACCCUGCCCAAUAUCUCUGAUCUGUGUUUGAGAGAUGUGCCUCCAGUCCCUACUCUGGCUGACAUCGCCUGGAUUGCUGCAGAUGAAGAGGAGACAUAUGCCCGGGUCAGAAGUGAUACACGCCCACUGAGGCACACCUGGAAGCCCAGCCCUCUGAUUGUCAUGCAGCGCAAUGCUUCAGUACCCAACCUGCGUGGGUCUGAGGAGAGGCUCUUGGCCCUGAAGAAGCCAGCCCUGCCAGCCCUAAGUCGCACCACUGAACUGCAAGAUGAGCUGAGCCACCUGCGCAGCCAAAUUGCCAAGAUAGUGGCAGCUGAUGUCGCUUCGGCUUCAUUAACGCCAGAUUUCUUAUCUCCAGGAAGUUCAAAUGUCUCUUCUCCCUUACCUUGUUUUGGAUCCUCAUUCCACUCUACAACUUCCUUUGUCAUUAGUGACAUCACCGAGGAGACUGAGGUAGAGGUCCCUGAGCUUCCAUCAGUCCCCCUGCUUUGUUCUGCCAGCCCCGAAUGUUGCAAACCAGAACACAAAGCUACCUGCAGCUCAUCUGAAGAGGAUGACUGCAUCUCUUUGUCCAAGGCCAGCAGCUUUGCAGACAUGAUGGGUAUUCUGAAGGACUUUCACCGGAUAAAACAGAGCCAAGAUCUGACCCGGAGUUUAAUAAAGGAGGAAGACCCUGCCGUGCUUAUCUCAGAGGUCCUAAGGAGGAAGUUUGCUCUGAAGGAAGAGGAUAUUAGUAGAAAAGGAAAUUGACAGCACACUGCUCUGCAAAACUCAGUCUCAUGCUCCUGGAAUUCCUUCAAUAGCUGCCUUCCUCACUGCAGAUGUUUCUGCCUCUCAGUUUGAAAUCUUCUGCAACAGUCUUGAUAACUAGAGCUUGGACUGAAAGACUGGAUUGCUGUUUCUCAUACUUCAAUCUUAGCAAAAGCUAAGGCCUGUGGACUGAGACAUUUGUUACAGGUAAUUGUGGAGGGUGGAGUGUCUCCAUUUAAGGGGUAAAGUACAGGUUUCUUGCUUUUCCUUGCCCCAGUGUGAAAAUAGGUCCCAAAUGAAUGACUUUACUUCAUUGCAUUAGACCCAAUAACUGGUCUCACUGGACACCUUGUGUGUACCUUUUACUCACUCUCAGCUUCUUUGCAGCAGAACAGGGCUGAGGGGAAGGGGCUAUGUGUUUAUGUACAUGUUCACAGGGCAGGGAAGAUCUUAUGCUGCUCCAUCACAAACUUUCACCAAUGCCCAGCAAUCACCACUUCCUGGUCUAGAUGUAGAGGUCAGGCCCGUGGACCAGCCAAUACUUGGGCUACUGCUAGGAGGCCUGGGCUGUUUUUUCUUAAACAUAUUUUAUAAUACUGUACAACCAAAUCUACCCUCUAAGGCCCUGGGCCCUCAAGUUCCACUGAAUGAAAACUUCCAUGGACUUAAGUCCAGCAGGAAAGGUAAAUGUGGAGGGGAAUGAGCAUACCAUCCUUCUUCCAGGCCCUUGACUGACUGUUCCUCUGGGUUGGGCUAAGGUUUGGACCUACUACAUCAUGCAUGACUCAGAUGCCCUUGGGCCCUUUCCUAUGGUAUGUAUACUCUGUGUUUGGAUUGAAGCACUAUCUGACAUUAAAUGAAGGAUUUGGAGAAGUAGUGUAUUUUCUUUGUCCAUUCUAGAGUUGGGAUCACUUAGUGUCCAUUGGGGUACAGAAUUCCAGUUAAUUUUAAGGUAGAUGAACUUUAAACAGGCUCCUGGUUUCCCCUCUUUCCUUGUAAAAGUCCUGUCCUUUAACAAGAGAAAUCUUCCUGAGGGGAUUUAUUCCUUCUUUCCAAAGAGAUUGUGCUCUAAACUCCCAAAAGCAGUUCUAUCUGAUAACUUGCAUUUGCCCCAGAGGUUGUUUAGACCUCAAGUACCACACCUGCAACAUGAUGUGGUCAGUAGACCACAGGCCAAAUUAGACUGCCUAUCAGGUUGGGCACAAAGUAAUAACAAAUAUAUUAUUAAAAAGUUGCUUUUUCAAAAAUAGAAUUAGUAUUUUAACUACCAUCAGAACGUUAACUUGGAUUCAUAGUUUUACAAAGGGGAUUCCCUCCCACCUUGUGGAAGAGGAAUAAUAGUCAUAUCUAGAUUGUUACAUAGCUCAGG